UGCAGUUGGCAACCCUGCAAGCCGAGAAUGUAAAUUUUGAUCGAAUCGAAUUGGUUUGGACUGCCUGCUCCAAAGACGCCCGCUGAAAAAUUGAGAUUUACUAAAACCCCGGAUAGCCAUUGCCAUGGAGGCCAAGAGCGACGCCCCCAUCUCGCCGGCGCCCACACCGAACCCGCCGGCAGAGGCCGCCAAGGAGCAGAAUUGCAGCAAUAACGCGCAGAGCAACGAGGCCAAGUCCGAAGUUGGCGGCCAGUCCACCAAUCCAGUGGCGCAGCAACAGCAGCAGCAGCAGACGGCGGCCAAGAAGCCCAACGGGGAGACCAGCUCCAUGCCCACGCGACAGUACCUCGACCAGACGGUGGCCCCCGUCCUGCUCCACGGACUGCAGGCGCUGGCCCGCGAACGGCCGGCGGAUCCCAUCCAGUUCCUGGCCUCCUACCUGCUGAAGCACAGCAACGGGUGCGACGAGAACAACGCCGCUGCGGUGGACAACAGCUCUUAAGCAUCCCAAUCCCCCCUCCUUUC